AUGAUCAUCUCGAUCGCAUUUACCUUGUUGUCGGGCCUACUGUACUGCUCGUGCGGGCCGUCCGACAAAAUUUUCAACGAUUUGCUGGAUCAGCAAAACCCGUCAUCGGGUAAGGCGCCCAAAACCGACCAUGGUGGUCAGCCACCGUUCAAAUACCCAUUCUCAUUUGCACACACCGGCGCUUUCACCGGUGGCUGGACUCGACAGGUCACUGUCCGGGACCUACCCAUUGCCAAAGCCAUGGCUGGGGUGCAGAUGAAACUAAUCAAAGGCGGGGUACGUGAGCUGCAUUGGCACGCCUGUGCCGAGUGGGCCUAUAUGAUCCAGGGCACUUGCCGCAUCACCGCCAUCGACGAACACGCUAGGGCGUUUGUCGAAGACGUCGCCGAGGGUGAUGUGUGGCUAUUCCCGGGCGGUAUACCCCAUAGCAUACAGGGUGUGGGCGAUGACGGGUGCUUUUUCCUGCUGGUGUUUGACGAUGGUAAUUUCAACGAGUUUGAAACAUUCCUACUCACCGAUUGGUUCCAACACAUCCCACUCGACAUACUGGCCAAGAACUUCGGUGUUCCACAGUCUACCUUCGCUAAUAUUACCCACGAAGAGAUGUAUAUCUUUGCCUCACAAAUGCCCCGCGGCUUACAAGAGGAGAAGACAGCCGCGGCUGUGGGCACGGCAUAUGUGCCGAACCCGUUCUCGUUCUUUGCCAGCAAAAUGACACCUAAUGUUACAAAAUCUGGAGGUCUGGUCAAAGUGAUCGACAAACGCAACUUCCCGGUGACAACUAUGGCCGCCGCGAUUGUCACCCUAAAGGCCGGUGCCCUCCGAGAGUUGCAUUGGCACCCGAACGGACCCGAAUGGAACUACUUUCUCAAGGGUAAGGCACGUAUGGGUGUGUUCGCCGCGGGGGGUAAACACCGGACUAUGAACUUUGAAGAGGGAGAUGUGGGUUAUAUUGAACAGUCAUCGCCCCAUUAUAUCGAGAAUAUAGGCACCGAUGAUGUCGUGUUCAUCGAAGUGUUUCCGACCGACACUUUUCACGAUAUAUCGCUCGGCGAAUGGUUGGCUCACACGCCGUCCAGACUCGUCGACGAACACCUGUUCACCGGCGAGAAGUUUAUCGAUGGCCUACUGUACUGCUUGUGUAAACCUUCAAAUCUAUUCAAUACCGUAUUGGACGAUCAAAAUCCAUCAUCAUGGCACCCACCACCAACUGACCAUGGUGGUCAGCCGCCCUUUAAAUACCCAUUUUCAUUUGCCAAAACGGGUAGAUUUAGCGGGGGCUGGACUCGCCAGGUCACUGUCCGGGACCUACCCAUAGCCCAAGCCAUGGCAGGGGUACAGAUGCGACUGAUAAAGGGUGGCGUACGUGAGCUGCAUUGGCACGUAAGCGCCGAGUGGGCCUAUAUGAUCCAGGGCACUUGCCGUAUCACCGCGGUUGACGAACACGGUAGGGCGUUUGUCGAGGACGUAAACGAGGGCGAUCUGUGGGUAUUCCCCGGCGGUAUACCCCAUAGCAUACAGGGUGUGGGCGUAGACGGCUGCUUCUUCCUGCUGGUGUUUAACGAUGGUAAUUUCAACGCGUUUGACACAUUUAUGCUCACCGAUUGGUUCCAACACAUCCCGCUCGACAUAAUGGCCAAGAACUUUGGUGUACCCGAGUCUACCUUCGCUAAUAUCACCCACAAAGAGAUGUUUAUAUUCGCCUCACAAAUGCCCCGCGGCUUACAGGAGGAGAAGACAGCGGCGGCUGUGGGCACGGCAUACGUGCCGAACCCGUUCUCGUUCUUCGCCAGCAAAAUGACACCCAAUGUCACCCGAUCUGGAGGUCGGGUCAAAGUGAUCGAUAAACGCAACUUCCCGGUGACCACAAUGGCCGCCGCGAUUGUCACCCUAAAGCCAUGUGCCCUCCGAGAGUUGCAUUGGCACCCGAACGGACCCGAAUGGAACUAUUUUAUAAAAGGUAGGGCACGGAUGGGUGUGUUCGCCGCGAGUGGUCAACACCGCACUAUGAACUUUGAAGAGGGAGAUGUGGGUUAUAUUGAACAGUCUUCGCCGCAUUAUAUCGAGAAUAUAGGCACCGAUGAUGUCGUGUUCAUUGAAGUGUUUUCGACCAAUACUUAUGCCGAUAUAUCGCUCGCCGAAUGGUUAGCCCACACGCCGUCUCGACUCGUCGACGAGCAUAUAUUUACGGGCGAGAAGUUUAUCGAUGGUAUUCCCAAAACCAAACAAGUUAUCCGACCAUAA